AUGGAAAACAUCACAGAACCAACAGAGACUGAUGAAUCUGGAAGUCUCCAUUUUCAAGCACCAAAGAAGGACGAAGGCGCGCCUGUGAAAGGGCGCAAAGUGUUCUUUCACAGCCGCAUCCAGUGUCGUACUCGCUUGAACAAAGCACCUAUAACAAGCCCAGAUAACCUCUGGUACUCAAAGCAAGAACUUGCGAGUUUGCGCAAACAAAACAAACGUGUCAAGAACCUUGGCAUGUCUGGGUUUACAUCCUUCAUUGGAGAUGACGAUACAGAAGCAAUCUCUUUUGUUGGCCUUUAUUCCGAAAUGGAACGCAAGCAACGAGCCCAGCGCAUCAAAGAAGCCAAGAAAUGUGUGUUUGGUGAACAAAUGCAACAAGAAGAAGACUUCUACAAUGGAGUUAGAACUCUCUACAAUUUCAAGCUGGACCAAGAAUCCAUUGCGGAAUUUUACUCGAUCUACUCCCUCAGAGCUGCCAAGAUUGCUCAGAUGAAGGGACUGCGACUUGCCAGGCAUGUCGAGAGCUUGUCAGCAGAGGAAUGCACUUUUAUCGAUGACAACCAUCGACCAUGUAGUCAACAUUCUUACAGUCAACGCUCCAAGGUCACCUCCGAGAAUCGCUUGGUACGGAAGAAGCCUUCGAUGCGAUCUGUUGGAAACCUGAUUGCCCGGCUGACGACACCAGCAGCGGCCUAA